AUGAGUACUCUGAGAGCCAGGAUACAAGCCUUCGAGCAGCAGCAACAGGCAGAGGACCACGGCCCCGUCCAAACCGGCCCCUCCAUCGCCCCUAAACCCUCCCUCGCCACCAAGACAUCCUGCAAAGGAGUCUGGCAAGGAGGAGGCUCGGUGGCGAUCGCCGUGAACUUGACUGUUGAUACAACCACCGCACAGCCCAAACCCAGUGACCCCUCUCCCAAACCCAGUGACCCCUCUCCCAAACCCAGUGACCCCUCUCCCAAACCCAGUGACCCCUCUCCCAAACCCAGUGACCCCUCUCCCAAGCCUAUUAAGACCACCUCAAAAAGCCCCCCUCUGAACCCCAAAGACCAGACCGCCAGGCGGGGCAGACAGAGGGAACCCCCCCAAAUCCCUGUCCUCCUCCCAGACCUCCAGCGUCCAGAGAUCACCAUCCUUUCAGCAGAGCCACUGGUGUCUAAUACCUGGUUCCCCGGGGCUUCUGGGGGAUUCCCUCCUCCUCCUCCUCCCGCCGCUCAGAUCUGGGGCAGUAGUAUACCUCCUACUGUACAGCCUCCCCCCUCCUACGAUGAGGUGAUUAGAGAGAAGAGCCAGGAACAGGAUCAAGUGUUGCCUCUCUCCUCGUCUUCCGUCUCCACGACUACCAUCGCCACGCAGACGGACACCGGACCAGAAUCCUCAGUUCCAACCCACAGUCACGCCCCAGUCCAGAGAGGCUCUGUGGCCACCAGAGCUCCAAAGCCUCCCAGACCUUCUUUUCCCUUUAUAUCCAAACCUGAUGACACGCCGUCGCACGUUGAUGACACGACGGGAGCUGCUACUGCUACUGUCGACCCUCUCCUCUUCCUAGAAGACAGUCCGGCACUACACACACACACUCCGACCAGCAGACACACCGAGAACACCAGACCAGCAGCGUUUCAUAGUGAUCUCUUGACCUCUGAUUCUUUCUCACCUCUGACCUUUGCCUCUGGCAGCCAGACCGACCAAUGGGUGCAGUCCUCCUCGGUCCCACCCCCUCAUUCCACUGUUGCCUUGACAACUCCCUCCUCCCCUCCUCCGCUUCAUACCCGGCCCAGGCCACACCCUCGCACGAAGAAUAGCCUUCGACCAAUCAAGCGAGAGGUCAAGGUUCAGACCCUGGUGAGGCUGGGACAGACAGAAAGUGAGGUCACAGAGAACCAGGAAGUGAGUUAUCAGGAGGGGAAGUACCUUCAGGAGCUCCUGGACGCCUUCAGCUCUGACGAUUGGGGCUUCCCUGAUCACCAUAGCAACGACAACAGAGAGAGCGAAUCGGGAGAAGAAGAAGAAGAGGAGGAAGAUAUGAGUACUCUGAGAGCCAGGAUACAAGCCUUCGAGCAGCAGCAACAGGCAGAGGACCACGGUAGCCAUGGAGACAACGGCGCGUUGCUAGGGCGGGGGAGACCUGAACCCCGUCACCGACUCCAGGCCCCGUCCAAACCGGCCCCUCCCAUCGCCCCUAAACCCUCCCUCGCCACCAAGACAUCCUGCAAAGGAGUCUGGCAAGGAGGAGGCUCGGUGGCGAUCGCCGUGAACUUGACUGUUGAUACAACCACCGCACAGCCCAAACCCAGUGACCCCUCUCCCAAACCCAGUGACCCCUCUCCCAAACCCAGUGACCCCUCUCCCAAACCCAGUGACCCCUCUCCCAAACCCAGUGACCCCUCUCCCAAGCCUAUUAAGACCACCUCAAGUACCCCUGUCCUUAACCCUAUUGUCCCAAUCCCUGCACCCCGACCCAUGCUCCCUAGAAAGCCCCCCUCUGAACCCCAAAGACCAGACCGCCAGGCGGGGCAGACAGAGGGAACCCCCCCAAAUCCCUGUCCUCCUCCCAGACCUCCAGUAGCACCCAGGACUAGACCCUCUGGAGACCUCCACAGCACCAACACUAGACCAAGUGUUGCUCAGAAGCCCACUGCCAUGACGUCAUCCGGUCGAGCGAGUGCCCUACCAGAGAACAGGAGACCUUCUCUGGCAUCCAAACCCUCCAUCCAGACCUUAACUCCAGCUCCAGUCCAGGCUACUCCCCCAACCUUAGCCCCAUCUCCAACCCCAAACCCAGCUCCAGUGGGGUCUACUCUCCCAGUCUUAACCCCAGCUCCAGUGGGGUCUACUCCCCCAGUCUUAACCCCAGCCCCAGUGCGGUCUACUCCCCCAGCCUUACCCCCAGCCCCAGUGCGGUCUACUCCCCCUGUCUUAACCCCAGCCCCAGUAGGGUCUCCUCCCCCAGUCUUAACCCCAGCCCCAGUAGGGUCUACUCCCCCAGUCUUAACCCCAGCCCCAGUAGGGUCUACUCCCCCAGUCUUAACCCCAGCCCCAGUAGGGUCUACUCCCCCAGUCUUAACCCCAGGCCCAGUAGGGUCUACUCCCCCAGUCUUAACCCCAGCCCCAGUAGGAUCUACUCCCCCAGCUCCAGUAGGGUCUACUCCCCCAGUCUUAACCCCAGCCCCAGUAGGGUCUACUCCCCCAGUCUUAACCCCAGCCCCAGUAGGAUCUACUCCCCCAGUCUUAACACCAACUCCAGUGGGGUCUACUCCCCCAGCGUUACCCCCAGCCCCAGUCCAAAGGAAAACCCAACCGGUCUCCACAGAGUCUGAACCUCCUCUUCCUCCUCGACCCCAGGGAGGGGUUAAGAUGCUCCCUCUCCGCCCCCCUCCCAUAAAGACUGUUCCUGGUCGACCCCCACCUCCCCAGACUAUCUCCGCCCCCUCUACUAUAUCAUCCAAUCAGCCAUCUCCUCCCCAGGAUGUCUCUGCCCCCUCUACCACAUCAGCCAAUCAACAGGCUGUCCCCGCCCCCUCCAAUCAGCCGCAGGGUCAGAGUGCACCAAAGAGAGGCCCCCCUCUACCCCCCCGACCCAAGCCUGGACAUCCCCUGUACAAGAACUACAUGAUGGGAAUGGCACUUGAACUAGCAGAGCAGGGCUCCAACGGCAGGAAGUCUGGAGAAGUCUCUUGCCAGAAACAGGACGUCCUGGUUCUGUUGGAGAAGGCAGACUCCACCCACGAUGACUGUCUUCUGGGGGAGGAGUCAGGUCGGGUUCAAGGGUCACACAUGACGGUCAUCAACCCUCUGUCUGACCAAUCACAGUCUCCCAACGACCAACACAACCAAUCGGAUCCCGCCUCGGAUGACAAGAGCCAAUUGAAGCCUCCCUCUGAAUACAAGAGCCAAUCAGAACCUCCGUCCAUCCUCCCAUCUCAGACCAGAGAAGAGAAGACCCAGCCGGUUACAGCACCUGUCAGCGGUCCGAGGUGUGUGGCGCGGUUCGACUACGAGGGUGAGGAGGAAGACGAGCUGACCUUCUCCCAGGGUAACGUCAUCGCUCUGACGGAGGUGAUUGAUCAGGAGUGGGGGCGGGGUCAGAUCCACGGGCGAAUAGGAAUCUUCCCCCUGGCCUUCACCGAGAUCCUGGAGGAACCAUCCCCGCCGGCAGGGUUACAGCCCAUUGUCGAGACAACCAAGGAGACAACUGAAUCCGCAGACGUUCCAGACCAGUGGGUUGUGGCUCUUCACGACUUCCCAGGUCAGACUGCAGAGGAUCUGUGGUUCCAGCAGGGGGCGCUGAUCAGAGUAACACAGCGUGUCGACGCAGACUGGACCAGAGGAAAACUGGACGGACGGGAGGGACUGUUCCCCACUAACUUCACACACACCUGUAACACAGCUCAGCCAAUGACGAGCCAGCCUGUGGCCAGGGGCGUGGCCAAGGUCCUGUUUGAUUUCAGUGGAGAGAGCGAAGAUGAGCUCUCACUGAAGGCAGGGGAGGUAGUAACAGGGGUGGUGACAGUAGACGAGGAGUGGUAUCUGGGGGAUGCAGGAGGGAGGCGAGGCCUGGUCCCCAAAAACUAUCUGAAACUGCUUCCUGGCAGCUGCAAAUAGGACUAUGUACACUAUGUGAUAUAUAUAAACUACAUUGCCAUAAGUAUGUGGACAGCCCUUCAAAUUAGUGGAUUGGGUUAUUUCAGCCACACCCGUUGCUGACAGGUGUAUAAAA